AAUUGCUCAAUCAAAUAACAAAUGACUGUCCUCAAAUGUUCUGCACGUGCUUAAGUGAUUUGAGUAAGAUCAUGCUCCAGUAGUUUAAAACAUAUGAAAAUAACCUUUGAAAACCACCAGACUCAAAUUCUUGUAUGUAAAAACUAAUAAAUGGAACCAGGCCCUGGCUUGUUGAAUUACUUAGCUCUUCUGUCUCCAGCUACCCUGUUUCCUCUUUCCCUGGUUUUGCAAGGAGCUAGCUCAGGUGUUUUCAUGUCCAUGACAUAGCUAAUUUGUAACCGGAUGAGCUGCUAUGAAUAACCAAGGAGAUGGCUCUAUAUAAGCUGAUACUGUUUGUUCAUUCCCGUGGGAAAUAAGUUUAUCUUUCUGGCAUAUGUAAUUUGUAGGAGUCCAUAGAAAAAGGCCAUAAAAUAGAUGAUUUUCCAAUAGAAAAACACUUCCUAUUCUGAGAUUAUUUAACCUCAGGGCAGAAGAAACAGGGAAUGCUGACAAUGCUCUGAGGAUUGAAUGAAGGCUCACCAGCAGAGCAGAAAAGCAGACCGUUUGCUGGCAGCAGGGAAAUAUGAAGAAGCAAUUUCUUGUCACAAAAAAGCUGCUGCAUACCUUACAGAUGCUAUGAAGCUGACCCAGUCAGAGCAGGCUCAGCUAUCACUGGAAUUACAAAGGGAUAGUCACAUGAAACAGUUACUGCUCAUCCAGGAGAGGUGGAAAAGGGCAAAGAGGGAGGAAAAGCUGAAAGCCCAGCAGAAUGCUGACAAGGAAAUAGCCGCACAUCUUCAGAUUUCUUAUAAGCCAUCUGCUGAAGACUCUGAUGAUCAAAAUGUAUUGAUUCCUGUCACUCAGAAAUACAGCCCUUCCACAGAGAAACAUCCACAGGAUAUUCAGGGUGUCUUUGACAGGGACCCGGAUACACUAUUAUUUCUGCUUCAGAAAAAAAAGGAGCCGGUGGAAGCAUGUAUUGGGAGUAAAGCUCCAAAAGAUGACAAAACUAUAAUAGAAGAGCAGGCAACCAAAAUUGCAGAUUUGAAAAGGCACAUAGAAUUUCUCGUAGCUGAAAAUGAGAGAUUAAGGAGAGAGAAUAAGCAGUUAAAAGCAGAAAGAGCUAGACUCCAAAAAUCUCCAGUAGACAAGGAGUUGGAUGUAGAUGCUGACUUUGUUGAGAAGUCAGAAUUGUGGAGUCUGCAGCAACACUCAGAAACUACUUCUGCUGCUGCAACUUGGCAGAAGUUUGCGACAACUGCUGGGAAGGCAAAGGACAUUCCAAUACCCAACCUUCCUCCCCUGGACAUCCCGUCCCCCGAACUCCCUCUGCUGGAACUCUCCGAAGAUAUACUGAAAGGACUGAUGAAUAGUUAAAAACCAGGAAAAGUGCUCAAUGUAGUUACCCAAACUUAAGAAAAGGGAAAACCACCAGGACAAUGGUGAUCUGAGGGCAGAAACAUCUAACACAAUCCUGUUGGAGAAAAGGCAUUAAAGCAACUUUGUUACUGUGAAAUACACAUCAUAUCUGAUCUACUUCAUAAAAGUUAAAGGUUCCAUAUUAGGUAUAAGAUGGCAAACUCUUUAGUCUUUCUCCUGAUGUUUCAAACCAAAUAACUGCCUGGAGAAUGUUUUAAGUAACACAAUCCUUCAGGGUUUUAAAGUAUGCUAUAUGUAAUAGUUAUCUAUAAUGCCAUAAAUGAUGGUGCAGAACCUAACUGUUAUGGUUGCCAGUUGGCUGCCACUUCAUACUGAAAAAUGCUUUCUAGCAUGAAUUUAAACUGUGCAUUUCAUUAUGCAUAACUUCGUUAAUUCAGAUACAGUGCAAUUUAUACACCUCCCAGAUGGAUUUAUGUGCCACGCUCUAUACUCCUGACCAUGUUAACCUCAAGUCAGGAGAGAUUUUAAUUUCCAUUCUAUGAAGGAACCAACUUCUUAGUUCUGUUGACGAGUUGUUUUGGGUUAUCUGUUUACAUAACUAAUCAGGGUGCAUCAAAUCUAGCUAUUGGUUUCUGUAUAAAGUGACAUUGUUUGAAAAAGAAAAAUCUAUACUUAAGGAAAAAUACCCUUUUUGUUUUCAGUGAUGCAUGAAUGGAAGUAAUUCUAGCUGGCAGUAUUUGAUUGAAAAAGAAAUUGUUUACAGCUUAACCUGAUUCAAAAAGGAUAUGAAAAUAAAACCCAAGGUGUUCUGACACUAA